AUGGCAGACAUCAAGCCCCCGUUCACUGAAGAGACGGCACGGAAGAAGGUCAAGGCGGCGCAGGAUUUGUGGAAUACUCGAGAUCCUGUGCGUGUCUCAGCUGCCUAUACCCCCGACUCCAUCUGGCGUAAUCGCGACAGCUUCUUCAAGGGCACAGACGCCAUCAUCGCCUUCCUGAAAGCAAAGUGGGAGAAGGAGCGCUCGUACCGUCUUCGCAAGGAACUAUUCGCGUUUACGGACAACCGCAUCGCGGUGCAGUUCUGGUAUGAAUACCAAGACGCCAGCGACGGGAUGCGUUGGAAGCGAUGCUACGGGCUCGAAGACUGGACGUUCGACUACGAGACAGGCAAGAUGCGAAAGCGCCAGAUGUCUGGUAAUGAUAUCUUACUAGGGCCUGAUGGGAACGGUGAGGGCAGAUGGUUUGUCGAUGGUGUCGAUGUGGAAGAUGUGAAAAUCACUGAGGAGCAUUGGUGA